UAAGAAUAUUAAGUACCAGUAAACGUUCGGUCUUUUGGUAAUCAUGUUGAGAGUACUGUGCCUGAUAAUAUGUGCUACAGUUAGUGAGGUUAUCUACGAUGAAAACAUAUGGGCAUCCAACUUUACUGACAAUUUAAGAAAAUUCGCAAACAACUACCGAAAUAUACCAGAUUCUUUGAGAGUAAAUUCUAAAUGUGACCUGUGGGCUGUAAAAUAUGAAAGAUGUGCACGUUGCAAAUGCAUAGCUCAUUACUGGAUGUGCAUGGGAAGACGGUGUCCAGAAUUGCAUGAUCCUCAAAAUGCUAGGGGAGCUUACCAAGUCACAGAUGAAGACUUAUUAUAUAUCAAAGAUUGCAAUGAAGGAGACAAACUUCGGUUGGAUGAGUGCACUCAUUGCUUCUGUCACGGCUGCACGAAGUGGGCGUGUCUAAGAUAUUGUGAAACCAGGGAACCUGAGUUACCACCUACGAUACCGACUAAACGACCAUCUAUCCCACCAUCUAUCCCACCAUCUAUCCCACCAUCUAUCCCACCAUCUAUCCCACCAUCUAUCCCACCAUCUAUCCCACCAUCUAUCCCACCAUAUAACCCACCAUCUAUCCCACCAUCUUGUACGCCAUCUUCGCCACCAUGUACAGACCCAUCAACUCCACCAUGUACAGAACAAUCUACGCCACCAUGUACAGACCCAUCAACUCCACCAUGUACUCCACCAUGUACAGACCCAUCUACUCCACCAUGUACUCCUCCAUGUACAAAAUCACCUAAGAAACCAUCUACUAAACCAACUCCUAAACCAUGUACUCCACCAUGUACAAAAUCACCUAAGAAACCAUCUACUAAACCAACUCCUAAACCAUGUACUCCACCAUGUACAAAACCAUCUAAGAAACCAUCUACUAAACCAACUCCUAAACCAUGUACUCCACCAUGUACAAAACGAUCUACUAAACCAACUCCUAAACCAUGUACUCCACCAUGUACAAAACGAUCUACUAAACCAACUCCUAAACCAUGUACUCCACCAUGUACAAAACGAUCUACUAAACCAACUCCUAAACCAUGUACUCCACCAUGUACAAAACCAUUUACUAAACCAACUCCUAAACCAUGUACUCCACCAUGUACAAAACGAUCUACUAAACCAACUCCUAAACCAUGUACUCCACCAUGUACAAAACCAUUUACUAAACCAACUCCUAAACCAUGUACUCCACCAUGUACAAAACGAUCUACUAAACCAACUCCUAAACCAUGUACUCCACCAUGUACAAAACGAUCUACUAAACCAACUCCUAAACCAUGUACUCCACCAUGUACAAAACCAUUUACUAAACCAACUCCUAAACCAUGUACUCCACCAUGUACAAAAUCACCUAAGAAACCAUCUACUAAACCAACUACUCAACCAUCGACUAAACCAUGUACAAAAUCACCUAAGAAACCAUCUACUCCACCAUCUACUAAACCAUCUAGGACACCAUGUCAUAAAUGUAAGAACCCACCUACUAGACCAUAUAAAUCAACAACGUCCAAAACAUCAAUGAAGCUACCCCCAGAGUAUGAUGAAAAUGGAAAUCCUGUAUUUUUAGUUAUCAAAGAUGCACGAAGAUGUAAAAAUGGAAGGUGGCAUAUGAUAGAUUCAUGUAACAGCUGUUUCUGCCAUCUCCACGUCUGGUUUUGUACAGAUAAUAUUCAUUGUGUUCCUGACAAGUAUAAGAAGACUCCCGUCGAUAGAAAAUGCCCUUUAGGACAUCAAUUUAGAUUGGGUACAUGUCAUCGGUGUUAUUGCCGUCCUUUUAAACUUAAAAAAUAUCUUUGUAACCCAGAUAUUAAGUGUAACAUCGUCUCAGACUGUCCAAAAGAUAGAAACUUGGAUCCAAAAACUUGUCAAGCUCUUGAAACGAGAUAUUGCGAUUUAGGACAUAGAUUAACACUAGAUGAAUGCAAUUACUGUAUUUGUUUUCAAAAGAGAUACUUUUGUACGGACAUUGAUUGCUCCAUUUUCAAAAUUAAAGGACGAUCUGGCAGAUGUGUCGAAGGACACAAAUAUUACUUGGCUGAUAGUUGUAACUUCUGCAUAUGUCAAGGCGGCCAGGAGUUCUGCACGUCAAGACCUUGCCUGCCCAAUGCUGAAGAUAAGUUUGAAUCUUUUGCGGACUUGAGGGUUAAAAAAGAAAAAAAGUGCCAAGAAGGGGAAAUGUAUAAGAAUGAGCACAAUGAUCCCCGGUGCCCCUAUAUAUGCAUUUGUGACCACGGCGAAGUGCUCUGCACUAAUAGGGAAUGUGCAUGGGGUCAUGGAAUCGGUACAUAA